UGUGAAGAAAGAAUCAUACAAAGAGUAUUGCAGACUUCUCUCUGUAUGACCACACUGAUUCUUGUGGUAAAACUUGGUAAAUAAGUUUAUAGAUAACAUUAACUUUAAUGUAGUUGUAAUUGAUCAAAAAAAAUGAAGUCUGAGCAAUGUGAACGAAAAUAAAAUUUUAAUAUAAGUAAAAAAAGCAAACAAACGAAAAGCGAAACGAGAGACUGUAACAGAAAAUGAAGACAAGACAUUGGUUGUUAGUCUUAGCAUUAAUGUGUGUUGUGAUUCAUAUCACAGCAGCUGAUGUCAAAAAGAAGAAAUCUUCGCCGAAAAAGAAAAACAGUAAAGGCACAAAAGCUUCGAGAUUAAAAAAUAGCAGAGCUAAACCUCAGUCUGACGUUCCAAUAUCGAAUGGUGAUGAGUUUGAGGAAGACUAUGAUGAUAUUUAUGAUUAUGAUGACUUAGGAAAUGGUGAUACCGAAGAGACCACAGAAGUAUUUCUUCGACCUGAUGUCGAACAUCCUACUGGAGCGACACCUGUUUUUGGUCGUGCACAAGCAGAGUCAAUAUCUGAGGAGUACACCUGCUACUAUCAUGGAAAACAAUAUCGUACGUACGAACAAUUCAGGACCGGAUAUCAACAAUGUGCAAUUUGUACGUGUAUGGAUGGACGAGUAACUUGUAAUGAGGAAAGAUGUCAACAACCACCAGACCAAACUCCCAUUCACACUGAAGCGCCAACCACUGUUGCCGCACCAGUACGCACAAACUCAGUGGAUAGUCGGUUUAGUGUUGAUGUGUUAGGAGAAGAUGGGGAAAAAGGACCAACCGGAAAUGUAGGACCAGCGGGUGAACCUGGACGACCUGGAAUACCCGGGAAUCCUGGAGUUGCUGGACCAGCACCUGAUAUGACAUUCUAUUCACGACAACUAGCCGACGUAUUAGCCAGUUCGGACAAAGGACCAAGCGGCCCAGCGUUUUUACCAGAUCAAUUCCAAUAUUUGCAAGCACAAGUUGGUCCAGCUGGAGCAAGAGGAUCACCAGGUCCUGCAGGAUCGGUUGGACCUCAAGGAUUUCAGGGCAGUCCCGGGGAGCAAGGUGAUAUUGGAGAAGCUGGAAAACCAGGAGAACCUGGUCCGAGAGGAAUGCCAGGACUACCAGGAAAAGAUGGGGAAUCAGGAGAAGAUGGUCAGCCUGGCUUACCCGGUGUUGUGGGUCCGCCUGGUCCAAGGGGAUUGCCAGGAGUCCCUGGAAUGCCAGGUAGUAAGGGGCACAGAGGCCACAAUGGUUUAGAAGGCGCAAAAGGUGAAAUGGGAAAUACUGGAGAGAAAGGAGCCUCAGGAGCAGUUGGGCCAAUUGGACCAACUGGAGCUGUUGGUCCAGCUGGUCCAAGAGGUGAACGAGGAAGAGAAGGCGCACAAGGACCACCAGGCUUAAGAGGAUUGGAAGGUGUGGCGGGUUCUCCAGGAUCUCCAGGAUCUGAUGGCAAGGCUGGUUCUCCUGGCUUUCCAGGAAGUCCGGGGGUUAAAGGAGAUUCUGGCGCGAUUGGACCGAGUGGCUCACCUGGAUUACAAGGACCUAGAGGAGAAUCUGGUCGGCCAGGGCCACCAGGAGAGCCAGGCACUCCAGGACCAGUUGGUAAAGACGGAGUUGACGGAGAAAAAGGUAGUAGUGGUGAUGUGGGACCAGCAGGUCCGCAAGGUUUUCCAGGUCCUCGUGGAACACCCGGAAUGAAUGGAAAUGUUGGUGAACCUGGACCAAAAGGGGCACCGGGAUUAUCUGGUGAUAAAGGCUAUAAAGGCGAAAGCGGUACUAAAGGUGAAAAUGGUCAUCCUGGACCUCGUGGACUUCCAGGCUCCGAAGGAGCAGAAGGGAAACGGGGGAAACGCGGCAUGAGAGGACCACCUGGUCCAGCAGGACCGCAAGGAGAAAGAGGACUUACGGGAAUUAAUGGACUUCCAGGACCUGAUGGACCCAUCGGAGCUAAAGGGCAUGCUGGAGAUCGAGGGCCACAAGGUCCGGAAGGACGAAAAGGAAACACAGGUGACAUCGGACCGCCAGGAAUGCAAGGGCAACAAGGUAUACGUGGACUACCAGGUCGUGAUGGCCCUACUGGACAAAAUGGAUCUCCUGGUGAGCGAGGUGUUCCUGGAGCUGACGGCAAAAAUGGAGAGCAAGGUCCACAAGGCUUACAAGGAGUACCAGGACCUCCAGGCAUGCCUGGUGAUAAAGGCUUGACUGGACUGUCUGGGAAAGAUGGUGAGCCUGGUCCGACAGGAAACCAAGGACCAAAGGGUGAUAUUGGAAGAGAUGGUGCUGCAGGCGCUCAAGGACCGCAAGGUUCGCCAGGAAAUCAUGGUGAACGAGGACCUCCUGGACCUGUUGGAAUUCGGGGUUAUCAGGGUCUUCCAGGCAUUCCAGGUAACCCAGGUGCUCAAGGAAAAGAUGGUCAGAAUGGACUACCAGGUAGUCCUGGUCCAAUUGGACCAGCUGGACAACGUGGUGAAAGAGGUUCGCCAGGGGACAGAGGUCCUAUAGGAUUGACUGGAGAGACUGGUGCGCGAGGUACUGCAGGUGCACAAGGAGCUGAUGGUGAAGCUGGUAAGCCUGGUCCUGUCGGAAUGAAAGGACAUUCUGGCGCACCGGGAAUGAUUGGUCUUCCAGGGUUGCGAGGUUCACCGGGAAUUCCUGGGUCAAAGGGAGAAACAGGAAGUCCAGGACUGCCUGGGCAAGAUGGCCCAAUUGGAAAAACUGGGGAAAGGGGAUUGCAAGGACAAAUAGGUCUGCAAGGUGCUCAAGGUGAGCCUGGCGCAAGAGGAGAGCGAGGAAAUCCCGGAAUUCCCGGCGAAGCUGGAACAGCUGGAAAUCCUGGAGAACGUGGACCCAUUGGACCACAGGGAUUGCAUGGCUUCCCGGGACAGCAAGGUGCUCCUGGACCUCACGGCCGAAAAGGAGAUCAAGGUGCUAUUGGUUUAAAAGGAGAACAGGGAAAGUCAGGAAGACAAGGUCUGCCAGGAGAAAUGGGGCCGCAAGGAUUAAUUGGAUUGACAGGACAGAAAGGAGCAAGAGGUGAACAAGGCACAAGGGGUGAUAUAGGUCUAACUGGACCACCAGGAAAGCCAGGGGACACAGGUUUAGUUGGUUCUCCUGGAGAGGCUGGACCACCGGGUAAUCCUGGAGUACCUGGAAGCAAAGGAUCUAUGGGUGAAAUGGGACGUCAAGGAAAUCCUGGUUUACAAGGUCCUCCUGGAUUACACGGAGCACAAGGCUUGAAGGGAGAGAGUGGUAGCCAGGGAGCUGCUGGAAUUCAAGGAGUCCAAGGAAUUGCUGGCAAUCCAGGUGAAAGAGGCUUUCCGGGCAUGCCAGGACCAAUGGGAGUUGCAGGCGAAAGAGGUGAAAGAGGAGCAGCAGGUGAAAUGGGACAGACUGGAAAACCUGGAAAAGACGGUCAGGCUGGACAGCCUGGUUUACCUGGUCCUCCUGGAAUGAUUGGACCUGCAGGAGACCGAGGUGCUGAAGGAUCACCCGGAAAAAUAGGUCCACAAGGACUUCCAGGAAGAAUUGGUGAUAAAGGUCCAUCUGGACAAAUUGGUUCUUCAGGGCCUGCAGGUCCUCCAGGGCUGCCUGGUAAUCCAGGACCAAUGGGCGAAACUGGUAGAGUAGGUGAACGAGGAAUGCGUGGAGAGACUGGUUCACAAGGUAUUGAUGGUCAACCUGGACCGAGAGGAAAGCCAGGACCUCAAGGUAUUGAGGGCGGUAAAGGGGAAAGAGGAGAUGUUGGUGAAAAAGGAAUUAAGGGUCAUCGUGGAUACAAUGGGCUUCCUGGAGCACAAGGCCAGCCAGGUCCAUCUGGUGAAAAAGGUGAUGCUGGAACCGUUGGACCUCCGGGACAACAAGGAAUGAUGGGACCAAAAGGACCGCAAGGUCCUCCAGGAAAUACUGGACCACAAGGAGUUGCCGGACAAAUUGGGCCACGUGGUCCUCCUGGAAACGAGGGAAAACCUGGAGUUAUUGGUUCUCAAGGGCCGCCGGGACCUCCUGGACCACCUGGAGAAGGUAUUGGCUAUGAUGCAGCAACUUUAGCAGCGUUGUUUGGUCGACCAUCUGGCAACAGCAAAGGACCUGAUCCGAAUGAUCAGCCAUUCAAUAUUUUCGGUGAAAAUGGCAUAACUGAUGAAGAAGCGCGAGCAUUAGUACUUAAGGCGUACGAACAAAUAAAAGUACAAUUCGAACGAUUCAAGAAACCCGACGGUCAAAAACAAUCACCAGCUAAAACAUGCAAAGAUCUUUUUAUAGCCCAUCCAGACCUAAAAUCAGGUCAAUAUUGGAUUGAUCCCAACGAAGGCGAUAUACGUGAUGCAAUUUUAGUCUUUUGCGAUUUGGACAGUGACAAAAAAGCAUCGUGUGUCAUACCACAGCCACGACGUUCUGGUAACAUAACAUAUCGAGGAAGGGAUAGUGAUGUUUGGUUAGGUGAAAUGGAUAAUGGAAUGAAGAUGACUUAUAAAGCUGACAGUAACCAGUUGGGAUUCUUGCAAAUACUUUCCAGCCAUGCAUCUCAAAAUAUUACUUUUCAUUGCAAGAACAUUGUGGCUAAUUUCGAUAAGAAUCGAAACACGUACCGUUACGGUCUUAAGCUGCUUGCCUGGAAUGAUGCAGAGAUAACUGCAAGAGGAUCACAAAGACUUAAAUACAAUGUUAUCGAAGACGGAUGUCAAGAGUACACGUCUGCUUGGCAGAAGACAGUGUUGAGCUACACAACCGAAAAGGCAACUAGAUUGCCAUUUAUAGACGUUAAUAUUCGGGAUGUUAGUAGUAAGGAUCAUCAGUUUUGGAUUGAGGUCGGAUCAGUUUGCAAUGAGUCUACUCAGGAUAAGUACGGUGCUGCAGCCAUUUAUACAGUUCAUUUGGGCGAUCAACUAAGCGACCGGGCGCCACAACACAGAGAAACGCAAGAACAUGAGUCGAGUCUAUUUCAAAGCUAUUUCAAAAAAGGAAUCCGGUAUUUGGAUGGUGGUACAGAUAGUGGUUUUAAUAAAGUAACUACGAAUGCUGAAGGUGAACCACGUUUGUUCCGCAUGAAGGGGUGUACAUCAUCGAACCCUGCAAUACCGGACGUACAAGAAGAAGACGACGAUGAUGUUAUUGAAAUGAAAGAAAAUGCUACAAUUACGUUGUACAAUGCAACGACGAAGCCUGGAUAUUUCACUACUUCUACGGGUGGAUUGUUGAAGAUUUCUUCUAAGCCAUUGAGGCAAGAGAUGCUGAAGACCGAUUCAGUGAUGGUAACUCUUUUAGACUCGGUCGAAUUUCAUCCAUCGACAUUGCAUAAAAAGAAGAGUGGCCGUGGUGGUUUUAUGACGGAUGACAAUGGAAAAGGAAAUGUCGAACUGUGGCGUGUCCAAAAUCGUGAGCUGGUCGUUGUUCGACAGGAAAUGCAAGGAAUGUUCUUUGAUAGAAAUUGCUAUCUGAUCAAAUACAGUGCGCUCAAUAAAGGAGGUAGCGUCAUAUACUUUUGGCAGGGAAAGCAUGCGUCUGUAUUAGACAAAGGUGCGUCUGCAAUAUUGACGGUUAACAUGGCUGAAAAAAUGGAAAGUGGAGCCGUCCAAGUUCUGGUGAAUCAAGGCUAUGAACCGCGUCAUUUUUUAAAAAUAUUCAUGGGAAAGUUUGUAAUUUCCUGUGGCAGCGCCGAGGAGUUUCUGAAGAACAAGGACAGUGGUAUCAAACCGAACGAGAAUCGACUGUUCAAAAUUCGCGGUACUAAUGAAUAUAACGUCCAUGCCGAGCAGAUGAAGGCAGUCGCUGCCUCUUUAGCGUCUGAUGACACGUUUAUUAUGAGCACUCCUGCUACCACUUAUGUCUGGAUGGGAGUUGGUACAUCGGAAGCUGAGAAGGAAAUGGCUAAAAACAACGUGGAACGUAUAUCACCGGGUAGUAAUGCAAUCAUAAUUCAAGAGGGAGCCGAACCCCCCGAAUUUUGGAAAGCACUUGGCGGUAAAGGUGACUAUGACCGAGAGUUGGACAAACCAGGUGCUCCGUUCUUGGACACUCGUUUAUUUCAUUGCAAAGUGAGGAAUGACGGCAAGUUUGUGGUACGGGAAAUUUUGAAUUUUUAUCAAGACGAUUUGGACAUCGACGAUGUAUUCAUAUUGGAUGGCGGCGAUGAAAUCUACGUGUGGGAGGGAAUAGACUGUUCGGAAGAAGAAAAGGAGAAAUCGAUGCAAUUGGCCAACCCUGUGAUUUGUGCUUUACAGUUUGAUUUAUUUGACGAUGAAAUGAUAGUGCCCAUGCGACUAACAAUGACUUCACGGAUAAAGAAGCAUUUUCUGUCGACGUUCGUGAUGGCCGUAUUUAUGAUGCCGUCUGUUCAGAUGCGAGCAGAUCCAGAUGAGACUCAUCUGGUCAAUCUCAUCACAGCACUCAGUAUGCCCGAUCUGCCACUAAUAGUAAAUAAGACAGAGGGCAUGUGUGGUGAUCGAAAUAGUCACACAACUGCCUACAGCAUCAAUGAAAAAACCAUAUUAACUGCGAUAUCUUCAGACGUUUUCCGAAUUGGAUUUCCGAAAGACUUUUCAAUAUUAACGGUCAUACGCUCAACUCGUUCCGUUCGGAAUGUAUAUCCAUUAUUUUCGAUGUACUCGCAGUCCACCGAAAGAGUUUUAUCAUUGAUGGUCGGAUCGGACAUUCAACUGUAUUACCAGGACACUAAUGGCACUCCAGUACGUAAUACCAUUGUCAGUUUCGGCAUUGGAUUUUCCGAUGAAAAAUGGCAUCGCAUUGGCGUAACGGCAAAGGGAGAUUCAGUAACUUUAGUACUCGAUUGUGUUCAUCAAAUAACUAAACAAUUAGAUCGCGGUGCUAAUUCGAUAGUUCCCACAAAUGGUCUGCUUUUGGCAGGAAAACAAUUGAAUGAGGAUGAAGAGUUUUUCAUCGGUGACAUUGAAAUGCUGUCGAUCGCUGACUCGCCGGAUGCCGCCUAUCACAUCUGCACAAAAUACGCACCGGAUUGUUUAAGUGGACACAUUAACACUUUUUCCAGUAGUCAAGAUAAGUAUGAUUCAGGCUCGUCCAGAACAACAUCGUCUAGAUCAUCAUCUCGCACCACGUCAACACGCGGAAGCAGUAAAAAGAAAAAGCAAAGUAUUGGUACUGCUCGAGCAGAUAAAAAUUCGGCUAACACCCGACAGUCAUCCCAUCAAUCAAAUCAGAAAGAAUCGGUAGCACAAAUAAGUGCAGCUUCCAGAUCAAGUCAAAUUGAUCGCUCCAGUCAAUACGAAUUAGAUGGUCAACAUAACGGAAGACAACAUAAAGUCUCUAUACAAUCAAACUAUUCAGAAAGCAAUUUGGCACAGAAAAAUUUAAAGUCAAACAACAGAAGCAAUUCCACUUACGUAUCAGAUAGUGCGACUUACAAUGAUGACUACUUCGAUUCUAUUGACGAAUCUUUUUACGAUGAAGGUGACCUAUACAAAGUUAGUUCUAAUUUUACAAAUGAACGUACAGUUCCGGUAACUCAAAAAUAUGCAAUCAUUAGCGACUUCGGUGAGGAGUCUGCAACAACAGUAGGAAGUCCUGCGUCAUAUGGUUUUACAACGGAAAACGUAAAUAAUGAUUUCUACAGCGCAAGAAGCGAUUCCAGAGUUAGGCGUGGACCGAAAGGAGAUAGAGGUGAAAAGGGUGAACCAGGACGAGAUGGUUUGAACGGUAUUACUGGACCCGCAGGACCUCCAGGACACGUCUUCAUGUUACCGAUUAAUCAGAAUUCUGGCAAUGAGAAAGGGCCCGAUAUACAUGCCGACAUGUUUCGUCAAAUGUUGUCCGAGCAUAUGACAGCGAUGCGUGGUGCAGACGGCCCGAUGGGAUUAACUGGAAUUCCUGGACCAGUUGGACCUCCGGGAGCUGAUGGAGUUAAAGGACAGCAAGGAGAACAAGGAGACGUUGGCCAGCGAGGUCUUCAAGGAGGUCCUGGUCCAAUCGGAAGUGAAGGAAGACGUGGUAUAGCUGGAAGAGACGGAGAACGAGGUCCAUCUGGACCGAUGGGAUCAAAAGGUGAAAUUGGACCGAUCGGGAUGCCUGGUCCAUUUGGUGAAAAAGGAGAUCGAGGUAGAAUUGGCUUAACAGGAGAAAAAGGUGAACAAGGUCAUGAAGGUAUCCAAGGAGAAGAGGGUCCUUCUGGGGCUACCGGAUUGCCUGGAGAAAUGGGACCACGUGGUUUUAUUGGUCCGAGAGGCUUUCCUGGUCCGCCUGGAAUUCCUGGAGCAGUUGGAGCUGAAGGUCCAGCCGGAUCAAAAGGCAAUCCAGGCGCACAGGGACAACCAGGGCCGCCAGGAAUGACAGGACCACCAGGAGCUGUCGGUGCUCCAGGACCACAAGGAAAUUUAGGCCCACCAGGACAGCCAGGCCCUGCGGGAAAGUCUGGUUUGCCCGGCCUUCCUGGCGCCGAUGGUUCAAUCGGACGAUCUGGCUCACCUGGAAAGCCUGGUGAAAAGGGUCAUGAAGGUCCACCUGGAAGUCAAGGAGCUGUUGGUCUUCCUGGACCCAGAGGCAUAAAAGGUGAUGAUGGAUUGAGGGGCAUAAAUGGUGAUGUCGGAGACAAAGGUGCCCGUGGUUUAGAUGGCGAGAAGGGUGAUUUAGGUCCAAUUGGUGAAAAAGGACUCCCAGGUCCAAUGGGAUCUCCGGGAAUAGAAGGACCAGAGGGUCCAAAGGGAUUAGAAGGACCAAGGGGCGAAACUGGUUCAGUAGGCAGUCCUGGAGAAAAGGGCAAACAAGGUUUACAAGGCUUUAUAGGAUAUCCAGGCAAUGCUGGAGAAAAGGGAGAUAAAGGAGCGACAGGACCACAUGGUAACCCUGGAUUGAAAGGUGAAAGAGGUGAACUAGGAGCUGAAGGAAAAAUUGGUGAAGCCGGUCCGAGAGGCUUUAGGGGUUCGAGAGGUAGGCGAGGAAACGAUGGCUUGCCAGGUCCAAAAGGAGACACUGGUCAACCUGGCUCUCCAGGAUUAACUGGUGAGCCUGGUCCACAGGGUGCUGAAGGCAGACGUGGAUAUAUUGGUAUGCCAGGGCCUAUGGGAAACAACGGUAAAGAUGGAUUACCAGGACCUGUCGGAGAACGAGGAAUGCAGGGUGACAUAGGACAGCAAGGGCCACCAGGUGCACCUGGUGUUGUUGGACCGAGAGGACCACCAGGUGAAUCUGGAAAAGAAGGUCAAGCAGGUCCUCCAGGUCUAAUGGGUUCGCCAGGAACGCCUGGAAAACCGGGUGAAUCUGGUAAAGAUGGUUUUCCUGGCCCUCCUGGACAAAUUGGAUUAUCGGGUCCGCCGGGUUCGCCAGGUUUGCAAGGAUUUACAGGAGAAAGAGGACAUAAUGGCGCACCGGGACUACCAGGUAUGAAAGGUGAAACCGGUCCCGUUGGACCCACUGGUCCAAUUGGAGAUAAGGGACAACAAGGAGACAUAGGAGUAAUGGGCCCAAUUGGUCCAGAAGGUAAAAGAGGACUUCCAGGCAGCCCAGGACCAGGAGGAGCUAAGGGCGAACGUGGAGAGCCAGGUCCUAUUGGAGCGAUUGGUCGUGACGGAUUGCCGGGAAGCGUCGGUUUGCCUGGUGCUGCUGGACCAGUUGGUCCACCAGGUGAGGAUGGAGAUAAAGGAGAAGUCGGUCCACCCGGUGAGAAAGGGUUUAAAGGAUCGCAAGGACUUGAGGGGCCAAUGGGGCCGCAAGGACCACAAGGACAAAGAGGUGAACCGGGAAGCGCCGGACUUCCUGGAGACAAAGGUCCACCAGGUUUGAUUGGUCGUACGGGCAACAAAGGUGAAGAUGGCCCACCUGGAUUAGUUGGACCAAUUGGAAUGACUGGACCUCAAGGUCUACCUGGAUUGGCUGGAUUGAAGGGAGAAAAGGGCGAUGAAGGUCUGAAAGGACCUAUUGGCGCUCAAGGUUUGCCAGGAGAACAAGGAAAAAGAGGAGCGAAAGGCUCUGAAGGAAUUCAAGGAAAUACUGGCACACCGGGAGGUCAAGGUCCAAUUGGUGAACCUGGUUCAAUGGGUCCUAGAGGCUUGGUAGGUCCUAUAGGGAAAGAUGGAGAGAAGGGUAAUCCUGGACAAAAAGGAGAAGAAGGAAGAUCCGGUAUUCAAGGUCCAAUUGGAAGGCCUGGAUUACCUGGCUCUGAAGGCCCAAAAGGUGUUAGAGGUCCAGUCGGUCAUCCUGGAAUGCGUGGUGAACCGGGUUUGCAAGGAGUGAAAGGGGAGCCAGGAACGGAUGGUGAAGAAGGAAAGCCUGGAAACGUUGGUCCACCAGGAAGCAUAGGACCUCAAGGUAAACCUGGUGAAACUGGUCCAAUUGGUAAACCAGGGAUUGUUGGACCAGCUGGAGAUCAAGGAAUGCCUGGACCUCCUGGUGAAAAAGGUGAUAGAGGACCACAAGGCGUUGGAAUAAUGGGUCCGCCAGGCUCCGAUGGUUUACAAGGUGAAACGGGAAAAGACGGCAGUCCUGGUCCCCCAGGAUUAGCUGGAGAAGUAGGAUUGCCUGGUAAGCAAGGUGCAAUGGGUCUGGAUGGAAAAAUUGGCGAACAAGGUCCGAGAGGUUUUAAGGGUGACAGAGGCAGACGUGGAUCGAAAGGACACCGUGGAGACAUUGGAAUAGCUGGAACGAAAGGCGAUAUCGGGGAUGCUGGGAUUAAAGGAGAGAAAGGUGAACAGGGACUAGAUGGGCCAAAAGGCGAAAUUGGCUCAGUGGGUCCAGUUGGAGCGAAAGGAAGUGAAGGAUCUCCCGGUCCAGUUGGUGUUCCAGGUCCAUUGGGACCGAAAGGAUCAGAAGGAAUUGCUGGCACGAAAGGUGAAACAGGACCAAUGGGCCCUGCAGGACCGCCGGGUCCACCAGCUGAUGCGCCAUUACUUCCGCCAGAAUUGUUAUUCAGGAUGAACAACGGCGAGGCGAAUAAAGGAGAGGAUCGAAUGAAGCGUGACGCAGAUUUCGUAAACGAUGAUUUUGUAUACGAUGAUGAGAUCGCUAGGUAUCCAACCGAUGAAAUGGUUGAUGCUCACAGUAAGGCUAAGAUGAAGAAGAAGUCAAAGUCCCCCAAGAAGGACGAACUGGGAAGCAAGUUCGUUGACAUGUACAGUACAAUAUAUGCAAUGAAACAAGAAAUGGAUCGCAUUCGGCGGCCUGUUGGAACAAAAGAUAAUCCAGUCAGAACGUGCAAAGAUUUAUAUUUCGGUCAUCCACAAUUCGAAGAUGGUUGGUAUUGGAUCGAUCCAAAUCUUGGCAUGCCAGAUGAUGCAGUCUACGUGUUUUGCAAUUUAACGGCAAAGGGUGAAACGUGUAUUUAUCCGGACAAAGACCGUGCCGUACUUCCAUCCUACAUUCAAUGGCGAAAAGAGGAUGACAACGAUUGGUAUUCGAAUUUGAAAGACGGUUUUCAAGUUACAUACGAUUCCAUUGGAUCGGUGCAAAUGACGUUCUUACGUCUGUUGUCACAGGAAGGCUAUCAAAAUUUUACCUACAAAUGUAUUAACAGUGCGGCUUGGUUCAACGCUGAAUUGAAAAACUUUGAUUCUGCCAUCAAAUUUCUGGGAGACAAUGAAAUGGAAAUCGGUUAUGACACCGAUAAACUGAAACCAAAUAUUUUGGUUGAUGGGUGCAAGUCCGGCAAAAGUAUCAGCGAAACGAUAUUUGAGAUACGAACAACAAAACUGUCAUAUUUGCCGCUGAUAGACUUUUCACCGAAAGACUAUGGACGCCCAAAUCAGGCUUUCGGAUUCAGCGUUGGACCGUUCUGCUUAAAGUAGUCGAGGACAUUGCGGUUACAUUUGACAUUGAACCAUUAUUUCAAAGGUUAAAUUCUUAAUUUGUUGGUAAAUUGAAAUUUUUUAAAUAUUUAUUGAUGAUUGCACGAAUAGUG